AUGGCUGCCGUGCCUGAUACCAGACAUACCAAGACCGACCAGGAGUUGGCGAUCAACAUUAAGAAGGCCACGAACCCCGACGAGACUGCGCCGAAGAGAAAACAUGUCCGAAGCUGCAUUGUUUACACAUGGGACCAUCGCUCUUCCCAGGCCUUCUGGGCCGGGAUCAAGGUCCAGCCUAUUCUCGCCGAUGAAGUCCAGACGUUCAAGGCUCUGAUUACCUUGCACAAGGUCCUCCAAGAAGGACACCCUAACACCUUGAGGGAAGCCAUGGCGCAGAGAGGGUGGAUUGACAGCUUGAACCGCGGGAUGGGCGGAGAGGGCGUGCGAGGAUACGGACCCCUGAUCCGUGAAUAUGUGUACUAUCUCCUGGCCAAGCUUUCUUUCCACCAGCAGCACCCGGAAUUCAACGGCACCUUCGAGUACGAAGAAUAUCUCAGUCUGAAGGCCAUCAACGAUCCUAACGAAGGUUACGAGACGAUCACCGACCUGAUGACCCUCCAGGACAAGAUUGAGCAGUUCCAGAAGCUGAUCUUCUCGCACUUCCGUCACGUCGGAAACAAUGAGUGUCGCAUCUCUGCUCUUGUGCCUUUGGUGCAAGAGAGCUACGGUAUUUACAAGUUCAUCACGAGCAUGCUGCGCGCCAUGCACUCCACAACCGGCGACGCUGAUGUGCUCCAACCCCUGCGCGAAAGAUACGAUGCUCAACACUACCGUCUCGUCAAGUUUUACUAUGAAUGCUCAAACCUCCGAUACCUGACCAGCUUGAUUACGAUUCCUAAGCUGCCGCAGGAUCCGCCUAAUCUGCUGGCGGAGGACGAUGAGGCGCCCGCGCUGCCCGCCCGACCGAAACAGGAGAUCGAAAGACGCCCGACACCGCCCCCUGAGCCGAAGUCACAAGAGCCAGAUGAUAUCUCUGAGUUCUGGAAGAACGAGCUCGAGCGUCAAAACCGCGAAUAUGAGGAGCAGCAAAGGGUGUUGGAGGAGCAGGCACGACAGCAGCAGGCUAUGCAAUUGGCGGCACAGGAGCAAGCGCAGCGCGACUUCGAGGAGCAGCAGCGUAGGUUGGCUGAGCAGCAGCGCCGCGAACAGGAGGCGCUCAUGCAGCAGCAGCUCCAAUACCAGACGCAGGGUAGACUUGCGGAGCUGGAGCAGGAGAACUUUAAUGCCAGAGCUCAGUAUGAGCGAGAUCAGCUCAUGCUGCAGCAGUACGACCAGAGGGUGAAGGCGUUGGAGAGCGAGCUUUCUCAGAUCCAAGGACAUUUCGGCCAGCAACUCGGCAGCAAGGACGACCAGAUCCGGGCUCUGCAAGAGCAGGUCAACACAUGGCGCACAAAGUACGAGGCCCUUGCGAAGCUCUACUCACAGCUUCGCCACGAGCACUUGGACCUUCUUCAAAAGUUCAAGUCUGUUCAGUUGAAGGCAGCCUCUGCGCAAGAAGCUAUUGAGCGCAGGGAGAAGCUGGAGCGUGAGAUUAAGACCAAAAACCUUGAGCUCGCGGAUAUGAUCAGAGAGAGAGAUCGCGCGCUCCACGAUAAGGACCGCCUUUCAGGGGCCAACAAGGAUGAGCUUGAGAAGCUGAAGCGCGAGCUCCGCAUGGCCAUGGACCGGGCCGACAACAUCGAGAGAAGCAAGGGUAACGAGCUCUCAACCAUGUUGUCCAAGUACAACCGUGAGAUGGCCGAUCUCGAGGAGGCUUUGCGUCUGAAGUCUCGUGCUCUGGAUGACGCGCAGGCUAAGCUCAGGGAUGGCAGCAGCGACCUCGAGCAGCUUCUCCGUGACAAGGAGGAGGAGCUCGAGGUUUACAAGGCCGGCAUGGACCAGACGCUUAUUGAGCUCAACGAGCUGAAGCUCAACCAGGGCGAUACGGAUCAGGUUAUUGACGGACAGAUUGAUGCCCUGAUCAUGGCCAACCUGGACAAGAUCAACGACAUCAUCGACUCGGUGCUGCAGUCCGGUGUGCAAAGAGUGGACGACGCGCUGUACGAGUUGGACUCUACGAUGCAGGCAGGAAACCAGAACGCCUCGCCUUCGUACGUUCUGUCGCAAAUCGAAAAGGCCUCUUCCAGUGCCAUGGAAUUUGCCACGGCAUUCAACAACUUCAUUGCUGAUGGCCCUAAUGCCACUCACGCUGAGUUGAUCAAGACCAUCAAUGUCUUCGCCGGUGCCGUCGCGGAUGUUUGCACCAACGCCAAGGGUAUCACUCGCUUGGCUACCGAUGAGAAGAAGGGCGACUCCUUGAUGAACGGCACUCGUCAGUCUGCCAUGUCGACUGUCAAGUUCUUCCGCGGUCUCCAGAGUUUCCGCCUGGAGGGCAUGGAUCCCAUCCAGAAGACCGAUGUUGUCAUCAACAGCAAUAAUGAGGUGCAGAUGAACCUGCAGAAGCUCAACAAGCUCGUCGAGACCUUUGCUCCCAAUGCCGGCAAACUCGCAGGCAAGGGCGAUCUUGGCGACAUUGUCGACCAGGAGCUCAGCAAGGCUGCCGAUGCCAUUGCGGCCGCCGCAGCUCGCCUGGCCAAGCUCAGGAACAAGCCUCGCGACGGCUACUCUACCUACGAGCUCAAGGUUCACGACACGAUCUUGGACGCCGCCAUGGCCAUUACCAACGCCAUCGCACAGCUCAUCAAGGCUGCCACGGCGACUCAGCAGGAGAUCGUCCAGGCCGGUCGCGGCUCCUCAUCGCGUACCGCCUUCUACAAGAAGAACAACAGGUGGACGGAAGGUCUCAUCUCGGCAGCCAAGGCCGUCGCGACGUCGACCAAUACUCUCAUCGAGACUGCGGACGGCGUCCUCUCGAACCGCAACAGCCCCGAGCAGCUCAUUGUGGCUUCCAACGACGUGGCGGCAUCCACCGCGCAGCUUGUCGCUGCCAGCAGAGUCAAGGCGGGCUUCAUGUCCAAGAGCCAGGAGAACCUCGAGCAGGCCUCCAAGGCCGUUGGCGCCGCCUGCAGAGCGCUUGUGCGCCAGGUGCAGAGCAUCAUCAAGGACCGUAAUGAGGAGGACGAGGCGGUCGACUACUCCAAGCUCGGUGCUCACGAGUUCAAGGUCCGGGAGAUGGAGCAGCAGGUCGAGAUCCUGCAGCUGGAGAAUGCCCUGUCGGCGGCACGACACAGGCUAGGAGAGAUGCGCAAGAUUUCCUACCAGGAAGAGUAG